AUGGACCUCGAGCCAGAUUCGACGUCCAUCACCGUUGCGAGGGAGACGCACCAAGAGAUCACCGAAGAUGCGACCGAGCGAGCGACCGAGACUGCUGGCAAUGGCCGGCGGGCGACCACUACUCGAGCCGCAACCCUGGCCAAGGAACGCGUGAAGCCCGUUGAGAACGACGAAAAAAGUCUGCUCCCGACGAUGGGCAAGCAGAUCAAAGAGCUACACGCAGCGAAGGUGGAGAUCGUGUACAUAGAUAAUCAUCUGAGCCCUGAUAGCUUAGCUGGGGCGUAA